CCUUAUUUGAUUAUUUUGAUUAUAAAUAAUUUUUUUGUAUUGUUAUAGUUUUUUUUUAUUGUUUAUUUUUAUUUUAUUUUUUAUUUUUAUUUUUAUUUUUAUCAAUAUUUAUUUAUAGCACAUAUAAAAAAUUUAAUUAAACCAUAUAUUAAUUUUUUUUAUUUUUUUUUUUUUUAUUUUUUUUUUUAAAAAUUUUAAAAAAAAUUCAAAUUUUUUUAAAAAACAACAAUAACAAUAACAACUUUUUUUUUAAACACAAAUCCAAAAGAAAAAAAAAAUGGGUAAAGGUCAAAGUAAAAUUAAAAAUGGUGGAACAGGUAAAACUAAAACUAGUAAAGGAAAGAAGAAUAAAGAUGAAAACUCAAAUAAUAAUAGUUUAACCAAUUCACCAAAUACAUCAACUGGUAAUCUUAGUGUUGCCACAACAGCAUCAACCACAACUACAGUAACAUCUGAACAACAAACAGCUCAAAAUAAAUCACAACAAGAAUUAAACGCAAAUAAUAAUGGUAAUAACAGUAACCCAAGCACAAACAACACAACACCAGCAAAUACAUCAACAGGUAAUCUUUCAGCACAAACUACAGAACAGCAAUCAAAUAUAAAUAAUAUAGAUAAUUUAUUAAACAGUAAUGGUGCAACUGAAGCAUCAACAUCACCAGACUCAUUGGGAAUCGGUAAUGGAGAUGACAACGAAGAUGAAGGUCCAGAAGAAAUUAUUUUCUCAAAAAAUAAACAAUCAGCUACCAAGGAUGAUUUCGAACUCUUAACAGUCAUUGGUAAAGGUAGUUUUGGUAAAGUCAUGCAAGUUAAAAAGAAGGGUGAGGAUAAAAUUUUUGCUAUGAAGGUUUUACGUAAAGAUGCAAUUAUUGCUCGUAAACAAGUUAAUCACACAAAAUCUGAAAAAACAAUUUUACAAUCAAUUUCACAUCCAUUCAUUGUUAAUUUACAUUAUGCAUUCCAAACUAAAGAUAAAUUAUAUAUGGUUUUAGAUUUUGUAAAUGGUGGUGAAUUAUUCUUCCAUUUAAAGAGAGAAGGUAGAUUUUCAGAACCAAGAGUCAAGAUUUAUGCAGCUGAAAUUGUAUCAGCAUUAGACCAUCUUCACAGACAAGAUAUUGUAUAUCGUGACUUAAAACCAGAAAAUAUUUUAUUAGAUUCCGAAGGUCAUAUUUGUAUUACUGAUUUUGGUUUAUCUAAAAAGAUAGAAACUAACGAUGGUACUUUUACUUUUUGUGGUACUCCAGAAUAUCUUGCACCAGAAGUUCUUAAUGGUCAUGGUCAUGGUUGCGCUGUUGAUUGGUGGUCAUUGGGUACAUUACUUUAUGAAAUGUUAACUGGCCUUCCACCAUUCUAUUCUCAAAACGUUAGUAUGAUGUAUCAAAAAAUCCUUAAUGGCGAAUUAAAAAUACCAACUUAUAUUUCUCCAGAAGCUAAAUCAUUACUUGAAGGCUUAUUAACAAGAGAAGUCGAUAAAAGACUUGGAAGCAAAGGUGGUGCUGAAGUUAAAAAACAUCCAUGGUUUAAGAAUAUUGAUUGGGAAAAAUUAGAUAGAAAGGAGGUAGAAGUUCAUUUCAAACCAAAAGUUAAAUCAGGAACAGAUAUUAGUCAAAUUGAUCCACUUUUCACUCAAGAAAGACCAAUGGAUAGUUUAGUUGAAACUUCAGCUUUAGGUGAUGCUAUGGGUAAAGAUAACAAUUUUGAAGGUUUCACUUAUGUUGCUGAUUCAAUAUUAAAGGAUUAA